AUGGAGGAAGAAGCGUUGAAACGAGCGUUCGAACGCUGCGUGGAAUCCUCCCGUCCACUCCCACCGUUAGCAGUAAAAGGAGGAGACUUUAUUGAUGACGAUGAUGAUAAUCUCGCCGCGUUGAAAGAGCGCGAAGAUGCGGAAAAGGCUGGGGAGUACUUGGAAAGAUUGAUGAAAGAAGAUUUCGACGGGAAAAAGAAAGCGAGACGAUGCGCGGAAAUGUUGGGACCGGUGGACGCGUUUGGCCGGGAGAUGCCGUUUAAGUUAGAGUUUUACAUGAUUUUGUUGUUGGAGGAGGAGGAGGAGCUCGGGAUGGUGGAGAAGCUGACGCGGUUGGCGAGGAAGUGCGAGGUGCAAUUGGGAAAUUCUUCUGCUUCUGCUUCUGCUUCAACGAGUAUAUGGAAACAAAGGCGGAACGAGGUAUUGUUUGCGAUUGUGAACGCGCGCGCGAAAAGAAACGAAUAUAGAGCCGCGUUGAGCGUAUGCGGACGAAUUUGCGCGACGAACGGUGUGGAGGGCGACGCGCGAACGGAACACGCGGCGAGGUCGACGGCGCUGAGGAUACUCGUCGCCUCCGGAGACGUCGGGAAGGCGCACGCUAUGUUGGAAACAAUCGAUGAAGCGAGUAUAGGUAGGGAUGCAAUGUUGAUGAACAGGGUUUUGUUAUCGACGGCUUCGGGUGAAUACGAAAAUGCGCUUCGUUUGUUGUUGCAAGGGGGUGAAGGCGUCGACGAUGCCGCUGCGUGCGCGAAAAAGAUUUGCGAAUGCGCGUUACUCGUUCUCAAAGCGCAACCGAAAAUCGCGCUGAAAGGCAUGUUGGAUGCGUUGGCGAAUCACCCGUCGCAUUAUUUAUCGACGAAAAAUGAAGAUGUGGGUAUAGUAGCGUUGACCAAUAUUUGCGCGUGUUACGACAUAUCUCCGAGCGACGCGAGCGCCAAGAUGGCAUUCUUUCGAUUCGUGAAAUCGAACUGCGGUGCAAACGAAAACAUAGGCAACUUUAUUUUGAAGAAACAGCAACAGCAACAGCAACAAACCGUAGCGGCAAACUACUAA